CAUACAUCACUCGCGCGCCAAAAAACAAAAUCAAUCUCCAAUGGCAGAAGAAGGUGAAACCCUAGAACUCUAUAAUCUUCACUAUUCUGAUCUCAUGACCUUAUCAUCUUCACUUGAUCAGUUUCCAACAUCAUACGAAAACAACGAAUAUUUGGAAUCAGUUAUGACCACAAUCAUGAAAAACCUAGGUCCCUCCGGUCCAGGUCUUCUCGCAAUUACCGGAGUCCCUAAUGCUUCCGAUCUCCGCCCAACACUGCUUCCAAUGGCUUGGAAGCUCGCUCUUCUUAACAACGAUGAUCGCAAACGCGUCCUCAAGGAUCACGGGUUAGGGAGUGACGUUCCACUGAAGAACAUCGACAGAACAGUCUCUCCUUUCGCAAUGCAGUUAAAAUACAACCUGAAUCCAGAUGUUAGCAACCUCUGUAACAAAAAUCAUUCCGAGACUGACGGUUUCAGUUCAGAUACGGAGAGUCCAUGUGAAUUUAAGAAUCUCGGGAACACGUUCAAAGAUCUCGGGAAUUGCAUGAUUGAGUUAGGCCUUCGACUUGCAAGAGUGUGUGACAAGAUCAUUGGCGGGCAUGAGCUAGAGCAAAGCUUACUAGAAUCACACUCGGCUAAAGGGCGUCUUAUACACUACCAUUCAGUUAUAGAUAAUCUUAUUCUGCAAGCUUCUAAUAAGGCUCGUUCUAAAACCAAGAAAACUGAAAGAACUAGCAGUAAUCACUCUGAUUUGUGGCAGCAGUGGCAUUAUGAUUAUGGGGUGUUCACUGUUUUAACAGAUCCAAUGUUUAUGCUUGCUCCGGAAAAUAACGGUUCUUCUCAAUCAUGUGAUAGAAAAGAGUGUGAAUCCCCUAGUGGACAUACGUAUUUGCAAAUACUUGAUCCCAAUAAGAACAGGGUUGUAAUGGUAAAGGCGUCUUAUGGGAGUUUUAUUGUUCAAGUAGGGGAAUCGGGUGACAUAUUAUCAAAGGGGAAACUUCGUGCAACGCUUCACUCUGUUUGUAGACCUAAAGGUUUUGAAAAUGUGUGCAGGGAAACGUUCGUUGUGUUCUUGCAGCCUUCAUGGAGCAAAACGCUUUAUGUUUAUGAUUUUUCGGUUGAAAGUUCGAGUUCAAAUGGUGAAGAUUCAAGAAUAUGUGAUGAGGAUGAUGGGCAACAAGAACCAAGUUCGGAUAUUGGAAAAUUAGUCCCACCACUUUGUGAUCGCUUGAAAAACGGAAUGACGUUUGCAGAGUUCUCUAGAGAAACAACAAAGCAAUAUUAUGGAAGCAGUGGAUUGCAGUCAAAGAGAUAAAUUGGAAUCAAUGAUCCAAGUAGAUGUAAGAUUAAAGAGUUAAUUACUGUUUUCGUCCCUGUAGUUUGUCAAAAAUCACUAUUUCAGUCCAUUAGUUUAAAAAUUGCGAUUUCAGUCCCUGUGGUUUCACUUUCGUAACCCUUUCAG